AUGCUGUAUGUGGCAUGCCGGAUGCGAAUGCUUUGCAACAACUUCUUAGCGUCAACUACGGAGCUACACAGUAUCAUGCUCCUUCAUUCAGCUGCAAAGGACCGUAUACGUAAUGAGGCUUGUUUUGGCAAUGGCAUCAUUCGACUAUUUCAUUUUCUCGCGAUUGGCGACGUUCGGCUUGUUACCAUUCCGAAUUGUCGUGCCCGCUGUGCGAUCAUGGUGGAUAUGAACGAGAUACACGAGCCGUUGGUUUGCUCAGAAGAUGAGGAGGAGGUUGAUGAAAACGAGUACAAACCGCUGAAUCCGUUCCACAGAGAGGAUGUAACAAUAGAUCUCGUCAUACAGGCUCCAUAUAAUGAACUGAAAGACCUUUUAUCUGAAGGACAAUUUCCUAAUGCUGUGAGGCAAAAGCUUGUCAAGUCGCUAAGAAACCUGAUCGACGACAUUCUGGAAGCUGAUCGUGUACUGUUACACAUCCACGCUUUUAAUAGCGAUCCUGUAUUCUACACCAUUCCGAUCGGAGUGUCGACAAAAAUACCGAUAUUUACAUUGGAAGACAAAACGAAGGAGAUGAGCGUUUUUCUCGGCAUUCUGGAAGCUGAUCGUGUACUGUUACACAUCCACGCUUUUAAUAGCGAUCCUGUAUUCUACACCAUUCCGAUCGGAGUGUCGACAAAAAUACCGAUAUUUACAUUGGAAGACAAAACGAAGGAGAUGAGCGUUUUUCUCGGGCAAAAAUGGGUUCACAUGCAUGCAGAAAGAGUAGUAUUGAGAAGCUCAAACCUACCGUUUAAUAUGUUUGGGCUCAAGAAUGAUAUUGAUUGUCGCGUCGCUGAGGACAAGCUGCAUGAUCUACUCAGAGAACAGAGUUCAUUUUGUCUCGUGCAAAAACAGACUUAUGUGACCUUUGUUUACGGAAAGAAUAGCGAUGUGCCAGUGUACUUCUACAUGAUCAAAGUGACGCUAGAGGCGCCAUGUCUCAUUCUCAGGACGGCUUUUCUUGGUGGCAUAAGUGGUACCGAACGUAGAAAUGU